AUGGAUCCCUACUCGGCCGAAGGCGAACUCAUCAACAUCCACAACCACUUUCACCAAGGACAAUACCAAGAAGUGGUCGACUACGAUGUUUCCACCCUGUCCUCCGAGAACGAGCUCCCCGCCCGUGUCCUCCAGCUGCGAGCUCGCAUCGCUCUAGGCCAGGCCGAGGAUGCCCUCGCCGACGUAACGGGCGAGAAGGAGCCAGAGUUGCAGGCCAUCGCUGCCCUGGCCGAGCAAGCGCUUGGGAACGGCGACAAGGCGGUUGGCAUCAUCGAGAAGCUCGCAGAGUCAGCGGCCGACAACACUACAGUACAGGUUGUGGGCGGGACAGUAUUGCAGGCUGCGGGCAAGAGUGAGGAGGCUUUGGCGCUUCUUUCGCAACACCAGGGAAGCUUGGACGCCGUUGCGCUUAUUGUGCAGAUCCAUCUGCAACAAAACAGAAAUGACCUUGCCGUCAAGGAGGUUACCGCCGCGCGGCGGUGGGCGCAGGACAGUUUGUUGGUGAACUUGGCAGAGUCUUGGGUUGGGUUGAGGCUGGGCGGUGAGAAGUACCAACAAGCCUUCUACGUCUUUGAGGAGCUCGCGCAAGCACCCGCUACAUCAUCAGUCCGGUCCCUCGUCUCCCAGGCCGUUGCCGAGCUUCACCUUGGCAGAACAGAAGAGGCCCAAGCUGCUCUCGACCAGGCCUUGAAAAAGGAGCCAAAGUUCGCCGAGGCCAUCGCCAACCUUCUGGUGCUGAACGUCAUUGCCGGCAAGGAUGGUGCGGAGCAGAAGACUCUUCUCGAAGCCACAGACGCUCAACACCCUCUCCUGGUGGACCUGGCGGAAAAGAGUGAUUUGUUUGACAAGGCGGCGUCAAAGUACAGUGCCAAGGUCUCUGCGUAG